AUUUGUGACUAUUGUAACAACAACUAAAAGUGGGAAAGGCUCAAGUGCUCAACUAUUAUCAAACACUAGAAGAAGGGACAUUUUGGGAAUAUAACAUCAACAUAGAACAUGCAUCCUUCCUUUUUUUCUUGAAACCCCCCGUACGUAGUAAAUGAAUACAUCUAUUUACCACACCUUCAUCAGUAGUACUAUAGCAGUACCAUACAUUUUUCUAUUUAUAGGUGACAGUACUGGACUUGAACUUUUCAACUAAGCCCCCUAAAUCUUCAUAGCCACCCUCUUAAAACCAAUCCUUUUAGUAAUCUUUCCUAAAAAACCUUAGCAAACACUAUGACUAAGUUUCUGUGUGUUGUUCUCUUAGCUCUUCUUAGCAUUUCCAUGGUUGCAAACCAGGUUUUGGCAAAAGAAUCAUCUGAGCACAACUUAGAAAGUAGAAACUAUGGACCUGCGAGUCUUAAAAAGUACCAAUGCCCAGGAGAAUGCACAAGAAGAUGCAGCCAAACACAAUACCAUAAACCUUGCAUGUUCUUCUGCCAAAAAUGCUGCAACAAGUGCCUAUGUGUUCCUCCUGGCUAUUAUGGCAACAAAGCUGUAUGCCCCUGCUACAACAACUGGAAGACCAAGGAAGGAGGACCCAAGUGCCCUUGAGCCAUUCUAUUAUAUCUAUUUUAGUUAAAUUAUAAUAAUUACUACUGUUACUACUAUUGGGUAUUAGUGUUUCCCUAAUUAUUUCAAAUAAUUAGUCUUAAGCACUAAUUUUAUUGGUAGUUUAUUAAGAUCAUUGGGAAAUGUAUUGAUUAUUAUGUAACUAUCAAAUCAACUAAUAUUAAAUGGUAACUUCAAAA